AUGAGCAAGAUGGAAAGCCAGGGGAGCCAGGCUGAAGGCCAGGAAGGCGAGCACGCAGAGGCAGUACGCACAGGCUGGACCGAGCUGCAGAGGCAGCUCUGGGAGCUGGGCGUCGUUUUUCGGCAACGAAAGCACGUGCCAAGGGUAAGCGAGCCCUGCGCAGGGCUUAGCCCUUGGAAAACCUGGGUCGAAGAGUCUGUGUCCUGCCACCAGGAUCUGCCUGGCACAUGCGGGCAUGUUGCCACAAAUGUGUAUGAUUUCGACAAACAGCUGCAGCCGUACUGGAGCCAGAUCGGCAGCGGCGUGGCACACGUGGGUCCGCAGAAAGGAGACAUCGAGAAAGUGCCUCUGUCCUCGCUGGAAGAUUCAGAAGGCCUCAUCUCAGGGCCGCCUUGCCAACCGUUCUCCUUCUGUGGCCUGCGCAAGGGGUCUGCAGACUUCAGGGCAAUGCCGUUUGAGGUGGUCAUACGCUGGAUUAUUGAGUUGGCCUCCCGCGGCUGCCUCCUCUGGUUCAUGCUGGAGAACUCCAGUAAUUUGUACCGGGAUCCAUUCCUGCUCGCCAUGCUGGCCAUCUUGGAGGCUGCGUGUCCUUACUUUCACAUUGAAGUACGUGUGAAUAACUGCUGCGAGUACGCGCCCAUCAGUCGGGAGCGAAUCUUCAUCAGGGGGUUGCGGAGGGACUGUCUGCCCGAGGGAUGCCGUGGCCCCCUGCCAGUGGUCCUUCUAGAAGUGUUAGGGUCUGGGCAGUGUGCGACCUUGCCAGGGUUGCUGAACUGGAGCCUACCCCCGAUGAACCCGAACAUGCUGUCCAUCAACAUGCGGGCCAAUUUGAAGCUGUACAAGGACAUGAUCAAGGACAUGUUCCCCGCCUCAUCCGGAGAAGAUGAGGAGAUCCUGCAGGGGCUUGGGCCUAGCGUAGCCUGUGUGGAGCUGGACAGGAAUCCUUUGAAGGAUGGGUGUCCAGACGUGAGACUGGACGAGGUCAGCAGUUUGCGCACAAGUGGCCCCGCGCUAUUUGUGAUGAGCACAGGCGAUUGCCGCAAGGAAUGGCGCCAGCAGAAAUUGCACAGGUUGCUUUCAGUAGAGGAGCGUUUCGCCGUGAUGGGCCAUCCAAAGGCCAAAGCCGGCCUCUUCGGAAGUCCUGCAGCGGCCAAGCGCGCAGUGGGGAAUGGCCUCCACAGUCUUCAGAUGGCUGCGCUG